UUUCUUCUUCUUCUUCAUUUUUCUCUCUCACUGAUCCAAAUGACAAAACCCAACUCUCUAAUUUUCUCUCUCUUACUUCUCAUUUUCAAUUUCUCUUACCUAAUUAUUAAUGUCUCGCCGGCGCCGGUAACUCACACCGUUUCUAAAGAUCAAAUUACUUGUACUAUGUGUGACGCCUGUGAAAACCCAUGUCAACCCAUAUUCUCUCCUCCUCCGCCGUCUCCUCCGCCGCCAUCUCCUCCGCCGCCGGUGCAGCAAGAAUGUCCGCCGCCGCCUGCUCCACCACCACCUCCGGUGAAGCCUGACUGUCCGCCGCCGCCUGUUCCUAAUUACUACUCACCACCACCCCCAUCUCAGUCGAUUCCUACAUUUAGCUAUUACUCUCCACCGCCGCCUGACGCCGGAGGGUACUAUCCCGGCGGUGGAAAUCCGCCGCCGCCAAAUCCAAUUGUUCCUUACUUUCCUUAUUAUUAUUAUACCCCACCUGGGUCUAAUUUCGUCUCUGCUGCCUCUGAUCGGGAACUCAAGGUUGCUGUUUUCUCUGUUAUCUUCACCACCAUGACCAUGUUCUUUAUCAUGAUCAUGAUCCAUUGAUUGAUUACUAGUUAGUGUACGUACCAGUACAGAAGACGGAAGAAAUUAACCGGUUGAGAAUUGAAUCAAUCGAACCAUGAAUUCGCGGCAACAAAUACUAUAAGAAUAAGGAUUGUUCUAAACUCUCUCAUGCAGCAGGCUGAUUAUAUCUCUCUUUUUAAUCUUUCUUGUUUUUGUUAAUGUUCUGGGUUUUCCUUAAUCAUAAUUGAUACCCAUUUGGACAAACUGAUCAUGUAUCAUCAUUAUAUAUUAUUAUUAUUAUUAUCAUUAGUUGUC